AUGGCGAGCGAGAGUCCGGAGCGGCUCGAGCCGCAGGAGGCGUUGAGCGCGGCGCAGCGCGCGCGCAUAGAGCGUAACCGACAGCGUGCGCGCGCACUCAAAGAAGCGCGCAUCGUGCAUCGUUCGCCAACCGACGCCUCGGAGGGCAUACGGGAAAUUUCGGUGGGCAAAACGCGCGCCCUCGACACGGGAGGGGGUUUCCUGCUGGAGGAGGACGUCGUGGACGCGCCGGCCCCGCACGCCGCCCGCCCCGCGCCGCUCGUGCACCGCACCGAGCAGCCGCGGUGCCUCGAAUGUGACCGCCUCUUCCCGCAGUCCUACCUGUUCGACACGUUCGACUACAGCGUGUGCGACGAGUGCAGGGACGAGGAGGCGCACGCGCUGGUGACGCGCACGGAGGCAAAGAGCGAGUUCCUGCUGCAGGACUGCGACCUGGACUCGCGCGAGCCGGCGCUGCGCUGCGUGCGGCGGCGCAACCCGCACCGCGCGCGCUUUGCGGAGAUGCGGCUGUACGUGCGCGCGCAGGUGGAGGCGCGCGCGUUGGCCGUGUGGGGCUCUGCCGAGCGCCUGCAGGAGGAGCGCGAGGCGCGGCGCACGCGCCGCCAGCUAGCCGAGCAGCGCGCCGCCGCGCGCCGCCUGCGCGCGCUGCGCAUGGACGUGCGCUCCAGCCUGUUCGACCGCACGCACGCGCCGCACGAGCACCGCUUCGCCGACGAGGUGUACGCCGCCGACGCCGCCGAGUACUCGCGCACCUGCCUCGACUGCGGACACGUGCAGACCUACGAGAAGAUGUAA